GCGCGGCGGCGGCGUCAGCGGCGGCGCCCGGGUGGUGGGAGCCGAGGCGCCGAGCAAGAUGGCGGCGCGAGUGCUACGCGCUCGCGGAGCGGCCUGGGCCGGUGGCCUCCUACGGCGGGCGGCCCCCUGCAGCCUCCUGCCCAGGCUCCGGACGUGGACAUCUUCCAGCAACAGAUCUCGAGAAGACAGCUGGCUAAAAUCCUUAUUUGUCCGGAAAGUUGAUCCAAGAAAAGAUGCCCACUCCAAUCUCCUAGCCAAAAAGGAAACAAGCAAUCUAUACAAAUUACAGUUUCACAAUGUUAAACCGGAAUGCCUAGAAGCAUACAACAAAAUUUGUCAAGAGGUGUUGCCAAAGAUUCACGAAGAUAAACACUACCCUUGUACUUUGGUGGGGACUUGGAACACGUGGUAUGGCGAGCAGGACCAAGCUGUCCACCUCUGGAGGUAUGAAGGAGGCUAUCCAGCCCUCACAGAAGUCAUGAAUAAACUCAGAGAAAAUAAGGAAUUUUUGGAAUUUCGUAAGGCAAGAAGUGACAUGCUUCUCUCCAGGAAGAAUCAGCUCCUGUUGGAGUUCAGUUUCUGGAAUGAGCCUGUCCCACGAUCAGGCCCUAAUAUAUAUGAACUCAGGUCUUACCAACUCCGACCAGGAACCAUGAUUGAAUGGGGCAAUUACUGGGCUCGUGCGAUCCGCUUCAGACAGGAUGGUAAUGAAGCCGUCGGAGGAUUCUUCUCUCAGAUUGGGCAGCUGUACAUGGUGCACCAUCUUUGGGCUUACAGGGAUCUUCAGACCAGGGAAGACAUACGGAAUGCAGCAUGGCACAAACAUGGCUGGGAGGAAUUGGUAUAUUACACAGUUCCACUUAUUCAGGAAAUGGAAUCCAGAAUCAUGAUCCCACUGAAGACCUCGCCGCUCCAGUAAAGCUGUAGAGUUUCUAUGUGCCUACAUACAUUUCUGUGACAAGUAUUUGUCAUAAAUUAAUUUUAAUUGUAUAUCACGUGAAAAAGAAACACUGAGGUUUAAGCUGCUGUAUAUAGCUUGUGAGAAACCUCUUUUCUUUAAAAUUUACAUAAUCACAAGAAAGGAAAGAAUUACAGUUGGACUGAUUGUGACAGUGCCCUGUUGUCCUCUUUGAAACACCCCUGUGUUGUCCAGUGUACCUUAUAACACUUAGCCACUUCUCCCCACCCUCCAGGAGGGGUCCACAUUGAAUUCUGAAUCAUCUUUUUUUUUUUUUUUUUUUUUUGAGACGGAGUCUCGCUCUGUCGCCCAGCCCAGGCUGGAGUGCAGUGGCGCGAUCUCAGCUCACUGCAAGCUCCGCCUCCCGGGUUCACGCCAUUCUCCUGCCUCAGCCUCCCGAGUAGCUGGGACUACAGGCGCCCACAACCGCGCCCGGCUAAUUUUUUGUAAUUUUUAGUAGAGACGGGGUUUCACCGUGGUCUCGAUCUCCUGACCUUGUGAUCCGCCCGCCUCCUCCCAAAGUGCUGGGAUUACAGGCGUGAGCCACCGCGCCCGGCCGAAUUCUGAAUCAUCUUAAAAAUAAGAUUCCAACCACAAAAACAAUUAGCCAUUUCUUUACUAAAAAACAAAAAACAAAUCUGUUUUAUAAUUACAGAUUUUUAGACAAAUUUCUUGUAUCAGGAAGAAAUACAAAUUUUGUCAUGUUUCUCAAGCAGUUUUUCUGAGUAGUUUCUGAGGAGGAACAAAUUACGAGUGUGCCCAAUAACUGAAAAUGUUUUAACUCACUCUCAUUUGUAAGCAGUCCACAUAGUAGACAAUGGGUUUUCCAAGCUGGGCAAGGUACAUUUAAUCAGUAAAUCAGUUUCCUAUCAUGUAUCGUGAUGUUUCAGUGUGAGACACAAAAACAAUGGCUUGAAACUUGUGUAUCAUAUGUGAUUUUGAAAUGAACACCUUGAAUAGCACUAAUUUUUAUUUGUGAUAUUUUUCUAUAACAAAACAAGUAGCACUAGGAAAAGAGGUUUUAUUUUGUAAACGAUCAUUUGUGACCUCAGACACUCUCUGGCUAAUAUUUUAAUAAGCUCACAGCAGAUUAUUCUGAGAUCAUGGAUGAGGGGUGGUGCAUGUUGAGAUUUAAAUUGGCAUAAAGCUGCAUCCUUUUUGUCUAGCUGUUUGAUUUCAUUGUUUAAUAUGGUGUGCCAAUUUCGUGACUGUUACCAUGUGAAAGUCCUGUUGAAAUGAACAAUCAUGUCUGCCCCACAAUCAAGGAUGCCUGUGUGAAGUGUGAGUCAAUCUCAUACCCAAUGUCAGACUUUUACAUGUCAAUGAUUUUCUCCAAGAACAUAGAAAAGUCAAUAAAAUCCUCUUAAUUUUCACAUA